CUUGAUCUACCAUGCAUCACCAUCAGGGAUUGUCCAAGAAGGAGAAGCAUACAUAACUAGCCGUGGCCGUGCUGACGUGGACCCAACGAUUAUUGCGGGUCCCACCACCCAGCAUCGUCAGAAAAUUCCAUCCCCGUCGCCCACCCUGUUUCCCCGGAUUUCUCUCUGUCUAAAAAACGCCUCCACCCGCCGCACACUGCCGUGUGGGCCCCAGGCAGCGAGCAUUUCGCCAUCCUUUUUUUUUAAACUGCACGUUUGUAUUCAUUCGUGGACUCUUUCUCUCUCCCCCAAUAAGAGGUCUCCUCCGUCCACCUCGACGAGCUCCUCCGGCGGCUCGCGCGGGCUGAUCGAUUCGGCCCCGUCGUUCUUGGCGAUCGUGCCGUCAUCCCAUGGUGACGGCGGUGGUGGAGUCGCCGUUGCGGCAGAGGCAGAGGCUCCGGUCGCCGCUCGCCGGCAGCGGCGGCGGCGGCGACUUCGAGUUCCGGCACCGGCGCGCCGUGAAGCGCGUCUCCGGGAUGCGGCGCCGUUGGGCGCCACCAGAGAUCGAGAUCCCGAACGGCCACGGCCUGGCCGGCGGCGUCGGCGGGCGGGGCUCGUACACCAGCCUGCGGGACAUCAUGUCGUCGCCCGAGUACGCCAAGGACAGCUCCCCCGACGAGCCCGGCGGGAGCUGCGGGGACGUGCACAUGAUCCGGCACCCGCUGGUGAAGCACGCGGCGUACGCGUACCUCCAGCUGACGCCGUCGGCGCUGGAGGAGAAGGAGAGGGCCAGGCUGCGGCGGAGGCGCGGCCCGCUCUGCCGCCUCCUCGUCGGCUGCCUCGGCUUCCUCGGGGCGCUCUUCCGGCGGUGACGCGCGGCGCCGGCACGCCUCCGCCGGCGAGAACCAUAUCUGGCAGUUUUGAGCUUUGCAUUUGUUUCUCUCUUUUAUUUUGAUUUUUUGUUUCCCCGCCUUCUUCUCUGUUGCUUUCUUGUUCCUUUUCGGUGCAUUUAGGACAGAAUUGGCUGUUCCAGUUUUUGCUGGGGCUGUAGCUUUUUUUUCUUUGUUUUGUAAAUAUUUCGGUAGGGAUUAGAAAGAACAGAGACAGAUGAUACCAAGAAUCAUGAACUCAUGAUAUACAGUAAAAUGAGAGAGCAAAUCAUGCACAGGGUGCACCUGACGUGGAAAGAAGGAAAAGCAGCUUGCUUUGAUCACCAGAGCAUGCCGGCUCCAUCCAGACA